CAGCACACAAUGUUGACCGACGAGAAAACCUCAGGUGUCGACGAGAUUCAAAUGGUAGUGAAGGACGAAGGGUCCAUCUCCAUCAAUCCUCUUCAUACCAAUGAAGAGGAGAAACGUCUGGUCAGACGUUUGGACAUGCGAUUGAUGCCUGUGCUAUGCACUCUCUAUCUCUUCGCUUAUUUGGACAGAAUCAACCUGGGGAACGCUCGACUUCAAGGCCUUCCCCAGAAUGUCCUCCACGGAGACCCCACCGGUGUUCUAUUCGAUUGGGUGAAUUCCGCAUUUUACUUCUCUUAUGUUUUGUGCCCAGUGCCCGCGGCCCUUCUAUCCAAACUUUGCCCGCCUCGCAGAUGGUUCGGCUGCGCAGCGCUAUGCUGGGGAUUGUGCUCAAUGCUCAUGGCGACCACAUUCAACUUUCCAGGAUUGCUAGUCACUCGUGUCUGCCUUGGCGUGUUUGAGGCCGCGCUAUCUCCCUGCACGCCCCUCUAUCUCUCUCUCUUUUACACGCGCGACGAAAUUGGACUGCGGAUCGCCAUAUAUAAUGGUGUCGCUGCUGUUGCGGGUGCUUUCGGCGGCCUCAUCGCUUUUGGGAUCCAGACUGCUAGGCUCCCGAUUGCCAAUUGGAAGUUGCUGUUUAUUGUCGAAGGUGUCCCCUCUGUUUUGCUAGGCUUUGUGGCGCUAGCACUGCUUCCCAAUAGACCAGAAGAAACUUCGAUGUUCAACGCGAAGGAGCGGGAGAUAGCUUUGGAAAGAGGGAGUCGACGUACAAGGACAGAUGUGGGGAGGGUGCUCCAGAGGAAGCACAUUAUUGCAGCCCUCAUUGACUGGAAGGUUUACGCGGCUGGGGUCAUGUACUUCGCAUCCAACACCGCGUUUGGCGCCAUAUCGGCGUUUUUGCCUACUAUAAUUACGACCUUCGGCUUCACCAACGCAAUAGCGCAGCUGUUGACAGUCCCUCCAUACGCAGUCGCCGCGAUCGUCCUCUGCUUGUUGCAAUAUUACUCGGACAAGCUCCGCAAUCGCGGGGCAUUUGCAAUCGCGUCAAGCAUGCUAGGGGCGGUAGGCUACGCGUUAUUGCUCGCUGUGCCUUCCAACAUUCACGCUCGUUACUUCGCGACCUUCUGCGUGACCAGCGGGACAUAUGGGAUGAACGGCGCUAUCAUAGCCUGGUUUGUCGACAACCUCGGUUCAGAAACGAAGAAAGCUACUGGACUCCCGCUCCUCCAAGCAAUAGGGCAGUGUGGCGCUCUGCUCGGGUCUCACAUGUAUCCUUUGACAGAAGGCCCACGGUACAUCAAAGGCUUCGCUGUAAACUGUAGUCUUGAUCUUCUGGCAGCCCUGAUCGCUGCGAUCCUAACGAUGUGCUACCAGAGAGAAAACAGGCGUCGCGAUAUACAGUACGGGAAACCAGACCCCAACGCCCUCGUCGACACGAGCGAAGUUGCAGAUAAGGUGCGGAACUUCCAGAUGCAUCAAACUUCAGCUCAUGAUAGUAUAUCUCCACCCACACAGGCCACCGACUUUCGGUAUACCCCAUGA